CAGUCCUCAGCAUCCUCCUCCCGCUCCUCAAAAGCACCCCGAGUCCCCACCCCCUCACGCCCCACCCGCGGGAAGGAGGCCUCGGGAAUUCAGGGGAGUGGCUGUGGGGGCGCGUCGCGGCGCCCAGCUCGGCCAGCCCCCCUCCCAAGACAUGGUCAGCUCCCCAUUGUAAAAGCUGCGCCCCGAAGAGGAGGAGAGAGUGGUGCUCCCAGCUCGGGGCUGCGGGGAUCUCUUCCUGCUGAAGCUCGGGCAUUAUUUUAGGGUGGGGCGAGGAGGGCCCUAGAUUUGGGGGAGUAGGGGUGGGUGGGGAGGAGGACCCGAGGGGGGGGAAGGACUCUGUGGGGAGUCGGUGAGAGACUGACUAUGGGGAAGGACCAGGAGCUGCUGGAAGCUGCUCGCACUGGAAAUGUGGCUCUGGUGGAGAAACUCCUGUCUGGCAGGAAAGGAGGGAUCCUGGGCGGCGGAUCCGGCCCCCUGCCCCUGUCUAAUCUGCUAAGCAUCUGGCGAGGCCCCAAUGUGAACUGCACAGACAGUUCGGGUUACACUGCUUUGCACCAUGCAGCCUUAAAUGGACAUAAGGACAUAGUUCUCAAGCUACUUCAAUAUGAGGCGUCCACAAACGUAGCAGACAACAAAGGUUAUUUUCCUAUUCAUCUGGCCGCCUGGAAAGGAGAUGUGGAAAUCGUGAAGAUUCUCAUUCACCAUGGACCUUCACAUUCCAGAGUCAACGAACAGAACAACGAAAACGAAACUGCCCUCCACUGCGCGGCUCAGUACGGACACGCCGAAGUCGUCGCUGUUCUUCUGGAAGAGCUCACCGACCCUACGAUUCGAAAUAGUAAGCUCGAAACACCUUUGGACCUGGCGGCUCUCUACGGGCGGCUCCGAGUGGUCAAGAUGAUCAUCAGCGCCCACCCCAACUUAAUGAGCUGCAACACUCGGAAGCACACGCCUCUCCACCUUGCCGCCCGCAAUGGCCACAGGGCAGUGGUGCAGGUGCUGCUGGAGGCCGGGAUGGAUGUCAGCUGUCAGACAGAAAAGGGGAGUGCACUUCACGAAGCAGCUUUGUUUGGAAAGGUGGAUGUUGUACGAAUUUUGUUAGAAACAGGAAUUGAUGCCAACAUAAAGGAUAGCUUAGGUCGAACUGUUUUAGACAUUUUGAAAGAACAUCCAUCUCAGAAAUCUCUCCAGAUUGCAACACUCUUACAAGAAUAUUUAGAAGGCAUGAGAAGACCAGCAGACCUUGAAGAGCAGGUGCAGGAGGAUGUAACCCAAGAAACACAUGUUUCUUCUUCUGCUGCGUCUCCUCAGAAGACCAAAAGUGAAACUGUGACUGGAGAACUGUCAAAACUCUUGGAUGAAAUAAAACUCUGUCAAGAAAAGGAUUAUUCUUUUGAAGACUUGUGCCACACCAUUUCAGACCACUACUUAGAUAACUUGAGCAAGAUUUCAGAGGAAGAACUUGGGAAAAAUGGAAGCCAGAGUGUAAGAACUUCAUCUACAAUAAAUUUGUCACCAGGAGAAGUGGAAGAAGAAGAUGAUGAUGAAAAUACGUGUGGGCCAUCAGGACUCUGGGAAGCACUAACUCCUUGUAAUGGCUGUAGGAACCUGGGCUUCCCUAUGCUUGCACAGGAGUCCUAUCCAAAGAAGAGAAAUUACACUAUGGAAAUCAUGCCAUCUGCUUCUCUGGAUCCAUUUCCGUCAGAAAAUGAGAACUUUCUAUGUGAUCUCAUGGACACAGCUGUUACAAAGAAACCUUGUUCCUUAGAAAUCGCAAGGGCACCUUCCCCAAGAACUGAUAAUGCCUCUGAGGUAGCAAUUACUACUCCAGGAACUAGUAACCAUAGAAACAGCUCGACAGGCCCAACACCUGACUGCUCACCUCCAUCCCCCGACACUGCCCUCAAAAAUAUUGUCAAAGUUAUUCGACCCCAGCCAAAACAACGCACGUCCAUUGUGUCGUCACUGGAUUUUCAUCGAAUGAAUCACAACCAAGAAUAUUUCGAAAUCAACACAUCUGCAGGGUGUACCGGCUUCACCUCCAGCCCUCCCGUUAGUCCACCCAUCUCUUCUGCGGCAACCACAGAAGUCAAGGAGGAAGGCCCCGACCGUACAGAUGACCUCGCUCAACAGGAGGACAGUGAUCCCCCCAAAGAAUAUGAUCCUGGGCAAUUUGCGGGCCUCCUUCAUGGAUCCUCUCCAGCCUGUGAAUCCCCUGAAAAUCCCUUUCAUCUCUAUGGGAAAAGAGAAAAAUGUGAAGAAGAACAAAACGAAAUCAGUUUGGCAAGCAGUCCUCUGCCCUUCAAGAAGUCUCCAGUAGAAAAUAAGUCUGAACCCUUGGUAAAGAAAAUUAAACCCAAAGUGGUCAGUAGGACAAUUUUUCAUAAAAGAACCAACCAAUUGGAAAACCAUACCAUUGUUGGCACCAGAUCAACCAGGAGUGGAUCCCGGAAUGGGGACCAGUGGGUUAUGAACACAGGAGGAUUUGUGGAGCGAGCCUGUACUCUGGGGAGAAUAAGGUCAUUGCCUAAGGCCUUGAUCGACAUGCAUUUAUCAAAAAAUGUCUCUAAAUCUGAUUCCGAUCUCAUUGCCUACCCUUCCAAUGAGAAAACCUCAAGAGUUAACUGGAGUGAAGCUUCAACGGCUGAACACAGUUCUAAAGGGAAUUCUGAAAGAACACCAUCCUUCACAUCCGAAUGGGAAGAAAUUGACAAAAUUAUGAGUUCCAUUGAUGUUGGGAUCAACAGUGAACUUAAAGAGAUGAAUGGUGAAAUCACAAGACCCAGAUGCCCUGUCCAAACAGUGGGACAAUGGCUGGAAAGCAUUGGGCUACCUCAGUACGAGAACCACCUGAUGGCUAAUGGAUUUGACAAUGUACAGUUUAUGGGAAGCAAUGUUAUGGAAGAUCAAGAUCUGUUGGAAAUUGGAAUCCUUAAUUCUGGGCACAGGCAAAGAAUACUACAGGCAAUCCAGCUCCUUCCAAAGAUGAGACCCAUUGGUCAUGAUGGCUACCAUCCCACGUCCGUGGCUGAAUGGCUGGAUUCCAUCGAACUGGGGGACUACACCAAAGCCUUUCUAAUUAAUGGCUACACAUCGAUGGACCUGUUGAAAAAAAUCUGGGAGGUUGAACUUAUUAAUGUUUUAAAAAUCAAUUUGAUUGGCCACAGGAAACGUAUUUUGGCAUCUCUGGGAGACAGGCUGCACGAGGAUCCCCCGCAGAAGCCCCCUCGGUCCAUCACCCUCAGGGAACCCAGUGGUAAUCACACUCCUCCUCAGUUGUCUCCAUCACUUAGCCAAAGCACUUACACCACUGGUGGCUCCCUAGACGUUCCUCACAUUAUCAUGCAGGGCGAUGCAAGGAGGAGAAGAAAUGAGAACUACUUUGAUGAUAUUCCCCGAUCAAAACUGGAGAGGCAGAUGGCUCAGCAGUCGUCUGUCUGUGAAAUAUGGACCAAUCAGAAUGCUGGAUUUCCUUUCUCAGCGAUCCAUCAGGUUCAUAAUACAGGAGACUGGGGAGAACCUUCCAUUACCUUGCGACCUCCAAAUGAAGCCACAGCGUCCACUCCAGUACAGUACUGGCAGCACCACCCAGAAAAGCUCAUCUUCCAAUCGUGUGAUUACAAAGCUUUUUAUUUAGGUUCUAUGCUGAUAAAAGAGCUUAGGGGGACAGAAUCAACCCAAGAUGCUUGUGCGAAAAUGCGGGCUAACUGUCAGAAGUCUACAGAGCAAAUGAAGAAGGUCCCUACCAUUAUUCUUUCUGUCUCAUAUAAAGGAGUCAAAUUUAUUGAUGCAACAAAUAAGAACAUAAUUGCCGAGCAUGAAAUUCGUAAUAUCUCCUGUGCUGCCCAGGACCCAGAAGACCUGUCCACGUUUGCUUAUAUUACAAAAGAUUUGAAGUCCAAUCACCACUACUGUCAUGUGUUUACUGCCUUCGAUGUGAAUCUAGCCUACGAAAUCAUCCUAACACUGGGACAGGCGUUCGAAGUCGCUUACCAGCUAGCACUACAAGCAAGAAAAGGGGGGCAUUCCUCCACACUUCCGGAAAGCUUUGAAAACAAACCCUCCAAACCCAUCCCCAAGCCCCGCGUUAGCAUCCGCAAGUCCGUGCAGAUCGACCCAUCUGAGCAAAAGACUUUGGCCAAUCUGCCGUGGAUUGUGGAGCCGGGACAGGAAGCCAAGAGGGGAAUUAAUACCAAGUAUGAAACCACGAUUUUCUGAUACCCGCCGUCCUCCUGUCCUCGCGGUGCCUUGCUCGCCAAGCGGUCCCGGAGGCUUUCCUUCGCCUCCGUGUCCACCCAGCCCAGGAGGAAGACUGCUCUGUUGUGGCCUUGCCACGGGCAAAAGGCCACUGGCCAUUCCUGGGGAAGUUCUUUCUGCACCAGUGACGGAAAACGCCAGACUUUCCAGUCGCAGCCCCUGAGAGGCGUGAGUUGAGACGGGUUCUCCCUGCUGCCCCAACUCCCCUCCCUACCGCUCCCAAGGUAUUUCUAAUGACUCUGCCCCAUACUUGCUUUGCUUUGUUUGGGGAUAACGCUUUUUAUUUAAAAAAAAGAAAAAGAAAAAGAAAAUAUACCGAGAUCUCUAAUACUGCCUAAAAGCAUAAAAUCUUGGAUGUAGUUUUCACUCUCAGCAAUUUUAAAGGUAAAAUCAGAACAGAAUUGCCGCCCUCCCCCAUAAAGCUCCCGUGUAAUCGUGGUAUCGCCAACUUAUCAUUGAAUGCAAAAGGACAAAGACACCCCCCCCUUGAUUGCCAGGAAAUUCCAUUUCCCAGUUUCUAUAUUUGUGGAUUUUUUAUGUCAUUGCCUAUGUCAGAUAAAGAAAACCUUUACAUCUAAGGAUGGGUUCAAAAUUCAAGAGUGAUUUAAAACAGAGGAAUUUAUUAUACACAGAAAAAAAUGUGUCUUGUAUUAAAUAUUUUUAUUAAAAGAAUGUUUCAUUAAUGCAUUGGUAAGAAAACUAGGUUAGUUGUGAGGGAUAUUUCUGGUUUCAUUUCAAGUAACUAAAUUUGUACUGCUACCACCAAGAGGGCUGGCUUGGGCGUAGCAAAAUACUGAUGAACUGCUCCCCAGAGCAGGAGAACCACAAUUGCUGAUGCAGCCUUCAGCCUGCAGAGAUUGUUUUUUUAAUCUUCACAGUGUUUUAAAGGACAUGUUUAAAAAAUAAUCAAAUAAUCUAGGGCUCCUGCUGUCAAGAUUUCUGUCAUGGAAACCUUGUUUGAGAAAGGUGUUAAUAAAAUUCUAUUGCAAAAAUUUUUUUUUCUAGAAAAAAAAUAAAUGCAAAAAAAAAAAAGAAGAAGAAAUUCCAAAGUAAUAAAACUUUUCUUGAAACAAAUAAAAAAAAAAGUUUGCUUACUAUUUGAUUAAAUAAAAUUUACUUACGUUUCUUUAAGGUAUUUUAAUUUUUUUAAUGUCUCUGUGGAGUAUUUGUAUGAUACCAUAAUGUAUAUUUAUGUAGAAUCAAAUUAUAUGAACAGUACCAAUAUCAUUAUAGAAAAAAAAAAUAACAUUUUAAUGUAUAUUGUUCUAACCGAUCAUAUUGUGAAUCAUUUUGAAGUUCAUUAUAGCGAUAUGGAUAAAUUGUGGAAUUGUCUUAAUGUUUUUUUUUAUUAACUGAUAUUAUUUUAAACCUGAGCUUAUCAGUUACAUUCAUCAGUUGGUGAGUUUUGAAGAAUAACUAACUUUUAUUUCAAACUGACAAAUGUAUAUGGUUUUAGUUCAGUGUUGAAGAAUUUUAAUACAAUAUUAAAUUACUUGAACUGAACAGUUCUUUGUAUAUAUUUUGCCAAUUCACUGUUGAUAUGUAUGUAGUCAAAUAACACUAAAAUAUGGUACCAAGAGGAGAUUGUAUAGGAGCAAAGUAAAUAGGAGCUUUGCUGAAACAGAAGCGUAUGUGUAAAUAAGCUUGGGCUUCCAGUUAUAAAUUUUGUAAUUUUUGUCAUUAUUUAUAUCCUAUAAAAAAGCACACAAAAAUAAAACAGAAGUUGUACAGC